AUGAAGAAGCCUGUUAUGAACCGUCGAAAUCGCCCACUAACAUUCCAAUCGAAUCGUUCUGUUGAUGACAUCCGGAACCCCGCCAGCCCCAAGUCUGUCUCUUUCACAAGUCACGACCACAAUCGAAGCGGACGUGGCUCUGCUAAACGCGGCUCACACCGAAUCUCGAAGGUGAAAGACAAUGACACCAACCCCAGCCCGAGACAGCUUGAUCGUUAUCGAAGCAGUGUUCACGAUGCAGUCACAAAGGAUUUCGACAAUGUCGAGAAGAACUUACUCACAAGCCUCGAAGAGCUCUCUGUCGAUUUCGACAACCAUAUUGGCAAGCUGACUAGCAUCGAGGAGCCCCUCGGGAAGCCUUUUGCUACUGAGACAUUGAGCAUCCUCAAAGAGGGAGAUGAGCAACAGCAAGAAGUUCUGCUACAAGAUCAAGUCGCCGCGUUUCGGAAGCUGAGGGCAGACAAGGAGGAGAUACUGCGCAGGCUUUGGGAAGAGUGGGAGGGCACACAACUUCAACUCAUAGGACUGGCGGCGGAAGUUCUCGGUCAGGAUGCGUUGACCUUUGCCCAAGUCCGAGACGAGGACCUGAAACCUGGUCAGAGAGAGAAGCUGCAGAGUACGCUUACAAACGCUCAGAGACUGUUUGACAAGAAGCGCGAACAUCAGGAGGGUUUGCAGCAACACCUGGGAGCAUUCGAGGAGAACAUCGGUCAAAUCGCAUCCAAGACUGAGAAGACUGUCGUGGAAAUGCAGCAGCAAUACAAUACACAGAAAAGCAAGCUGUUCAAAGGGCUACAUCGACACAUCGAGCUUCUCGCCGCGUUGUAA